AUUAAACAUAGACAUAAGACAUAGUUUUAUGCCUUAGCCUUUCCCCACACCAUGUUAGAGUCAAUUCACAGUCUCACCGCUCCUAGUCUCUCUAAGAUGAAUACAGUAUAGUGCCGAGGUCUAUUACCAAUAUUGGUUGAGGAAGUCACAUGGAUAAUCGCACAAGGGCGUAUAUGUAUUAUCUGACCAAUAUUUGUAGUAUUAGAUUGUGAUAGAACCUAAUGAUCAAGAAAUCAUAAGACCCUCUAAAAUCAUCCGGAUAUCAAACUAUAAAAAUACCUAUCUAUAACCACAAAUACUUUUUAGAGUGACUUCACAGACUCACACCCGUUCUCCCCAGAAACCGUUGAAAAAUAUACAGAUACACUUCCCUUAACACUUUAGGUACCACCCACUUAGUACCGAGAAAUAUGGAUGUUAACAUCCGCAUCGGGACGAGACGGAUUGCGACAUGUCGACGUAAGAUCUGAAUACUUUUGAUCUAUUCCUGUACCCAAAUGGAUAGCGUCAAGGCUACGAUUGAUUGCUUAAAAAAACGUCUGAUUGUUUGUGUACGCUACUUCUAAAGAUUGAUAGGUGAUUAUUAUGGCGUUAAAAUAGGUUCUUUCUAAUGGUGUGAAUUGGUGGUGUGCUAAUGAAUGCGCAAAUUUAGAAUUUAUGUUUACCUAUAGUUCUCACUGUACGAGAACUUUGAACAAGGUCCGCGCCAUGGAGCAGCGGCUCUGCGAAUGGCCAGCGGGCACUGAUGGUGCACCCCGAGCCAUUACGCGACUAGAGGGCCAGAUUGAAGAACAGAAGCAACUAAGACUCCAAGACGCGAAGCAGGUGGAAGCAAAGGCAGCCCGUAUCAAGGAAUGGGUGACGAACAAACUCCGUGAGUUGGAGCAACAGAACCAAUUGCUGCGGGAACAGAACGACCGCUGCAACCAGCAGUUAGAGCUAUUGAGGAAUCAUAUUGCGACACAGGGUAGCAGGAAUUGUACUUUCCUACCAACUCGAGCGAGUCUCUCGCUAGAGGUGCGCACUGAUGACGGGUCCCCCCGCGCCACGUCAAGUCUCUUGGCCUCCAACCGGCGUCGCUCAGAGAGCCUAGAGGGGCCCCAGCUACCAAUAAACUCAUCAGAGCCACACUACAGUACUCCAGUGCGGCACAGACGGAACCUGUCUAUCGGUACCACUAGUAUAGCUAACAACGUGACCGCUGCCAACCCCACCCUCAAUACCAUGAACAGGACUAUGGAUGAGAGGACCACCGCCAGCUUAUUGGCUGACGAUUUAGCUACUGCCGUAGAAAAUUUAGUUGUGUUACCGACGACUCCAAACACAUCGACUGAUGGUGACACCACACACGAUUACGCUGAAAUUUACACACCUAGCAGAGAGCGUACGCCCGCCGCGGCCUGGUCUGGCCCGGGCGCGGCGGGCGGCGCGGUGGUAGUGGUUCAGGGCAGUCGCGGCGGCUCCAGUACGGCGGAGUCGUGCGCGUCCGACCACCGCCCGCCCACGCCGCCGCUGCACCGGUUCCCCAGCUGGGAGGCCAAGAUAUACCAGGUCGCAGACGACGGCCUACAGCAGUCGGUCGAGGAAGAACUGAGCCCGCCGCCGUGUCCGCGGCCCAUGCACGAGUCCACCAGCUACCAGGACAUCUCCGUCCCUGUCUACGCUACUGUUAAAGGGCGCGCUAGUCAGAUCAGAUCGAUGCCGUUCACGGGCGACUCGUCAGACGACUCCUCAGACGGCGAGGAGUCGAUGGGUGUCACCGUACACAACACGCCGCAUCAUCAGCUCGUCAACGUCAACCCUAUGUUCAGCGGGCAAACCUCAAACCAGAUACCGAUCAACAAUGUGAACCUUACAAGCGUCCUCCCAGCGUCCAUACAACAGACCUCCAACGGCUUAGUGUUAACCAACAGCGCUAACGGGCAGUGCAGCUCAUCUGACACCAGUCUUAGUGCCUCCAGCCCUUCUAAAAGUGUGAAAACCAGCUCAAGCUUGAGCCCUGCUAAGCGGUCCAGUAGUGGGUCGCCCAGCAAGCAGAGUAAGACCAGAGACACAUCAUUCGAGUCGGGCAUGUCGGACGACUACGCGAUCCCUCCGGACGCGGUGUCGUGCGACAGUACGGCGUCGCCGUCGCUGGCGUCGCUGUGUCGCGCGCCGCCCGCCAGCGACUCGCCGCGGAGGCACGACGCGCUCGAGAAGAGCGGACAUCUCGCCAAGCUGGGGGGGAAACUCAAGACUUGGAGGAAACGAUGGUUUGUCCUUAAGAACGGUACCCUGUCCUACUGGAAGUCCCAAUCCGAGGUGAACCGCAAGCCUCAAGGUCAGAUAGGUCUGGGCGAGGCCUGCAAGAUAUCCCGGAACGAGGGCGCCGCCACCUUCGAGAUAUUCACGGGCAGUCGCACGUAUUACCUGACAGCUGAUAGUAUUGCCACGAUGGAAGAUUGGAUUAGGGUGCUACAGAACGUCCAAAGGCGAAAUGCAACCAAACUACUUCUUAGCAAAGAAGACAACAAGCCAACGAUACAGGGAUGGUUGACCAAGGUGAAGAAUGGGCACGCCAAGAAGAGCUGGUGUGUCCUCAUCGGGAAGAUGUUCCUGUACUUCAAGUCACCGGGUGAUCAGAACCCGACGGGACAGAUCAACAUGCGCGACGCCCGCGUCGAGGAUGUGGAACAUGUGUCCGACUCCGACUCUGAGGAGAAGAACGAUGACGCCCGCAACCACCUCACUGUCGCCAUCUACCCGCAGCAUCAACUUACUGGGGGUCCCACGUACCUGCUAUUCGAGAGCAAGGCUGACAAGGACUCGUGGUUGUACCACUUGACGGUGGUGAGCGGCGGCGGCCUGAGUCAGGGCACGCACUUCGAACAGCUCAUACAGAAGUUGAUGGAGACUGAUGGUGACCCCAAUUGUGUUCUAUGGAGGCAUCCAACGUUACUGUAUUCAAAAGAAAACCUCACAUCACCUCUCACGUCGCUAAAUUCAGAGGCUUUACAGGCCGAAGCCUUAAAGCUGUUUAAGUGCGUGCAGCUGUUCAUGUCGGUGGCGGUGGAGCAGGCGGGCAUCGACUACCACGUGGUGCUGGCGCAGAACGCGCUGCAGCAGUGCCUGGAGGUGGGCGAGCUGCAGGACGAGCUGGCCUCCGCGCUGGCGCGCCAGACGCGCCCGCACACGCACUCCAAGCACGGCGUCCAGGUAACCGCGCCCGCGCCCACGCCCACGCCCACGCCCACGCCAAGACGCGCGCAUAGGCUCAUUAAGCCCGCCAAGCUUAAGAAUCAACUGCUACUGUGCGCGACUCAGUCGCUGUUCACGUGCGACACGGGGGCGUCGUCAGUGGGCGGGGACAACAAGAGCGACGCCCCGCCCAACGCCGCCGGAUCGCCUAGCUCCAUACAGGCAUGUUUCCAGGCGCCGCUGCUCUCAGUUGACUGCAAGAGCAACCCCCCCACGUACAGCUUUGUGCAAGGAUGGCAGCUGUUAGCACUAGCCGUCAGUCUCUUUGUACCUAGGAAUAAUAGACUGCUGUGGUAUCUGAAGCUGCAUUUGAGCAGGCAUGCGGAUUCCAAAACGGAGUGCGGUAAAUACGCGGCGUACUGCGCUCGUGCAUUAGAACGCACGAUUCGUAACGGAGGGCGAGAGGACAAGCCCUCUCGUAUGGAGGUGCUCUCCAUCCUCCUGAAGAACCCCUACCACCACUGUCUGCCACACGCGAUACCUGUGCACAUGCUCAACAAUACUUAUCAGGUAAUAAGUUUCGACGGAUCAACAACAGUGGAAGAGUUCCUAUCGACGUUGAGCACGGAGUUGGGAUGCCGGGAGUCCGGUGCGUCUGGCUUCGCGCUCUUCAGUGACGAUCCUAUAGAGAAAGACUUGGAACAUCAUAUUAAACCGGAUAAGAAGCUAUGUGACGUGAUAUCCAAAUGGGAGACAGCGUUAAGAGAGAAAGGUUCCGGAAAGUUCGAGAAUUCGCGAGUGAUCAGACUGACGUACAGGAAUAGGCUUUACUUCAAGAACUCCAUUAGAACUGAGACUGAUAAGGAGCGGCUACUGCUGUGUUAUCAAGUUAAUCAUCAAGUGGUGGCGGGCCGCUUCCCGGUGACCCGCGAGCUGGCGGCGGAGCUGGGCGCGCUGAUGGCGCAGCUGGACAUGGGGGACUACUCCGCCGCCAACACCUCGCACAACCAGCCGCUCGCGCACCGGUUCUACCCCUACCGGUACAGGGCCGGCCUCAGCAAUGAUGAACUCAGGGAUGUUGAAGACAAGCUGCGUUCUAAAUGGGUUGCGCUAAAAGGCCGCAGUACCGCGGACUGCGUGCGGAUCUAUCUCAACUGUACGAGGAAGUGGCCUUUCUUUGGUGCUACGCUAUUCCAAGCUAGGAUAAAGCAACCAGACCUAUCCAUGGUGUGGUUGGCCGUGUCUGAAGAGGGCGUGACUGUGUUAGAGCUGGCGUCGAUGGCUGUCAUCGGCCGAUACGCGCUCAACUCCAUAGGAUUGUUCGGUGGAUUACAGGACGAUCUGAUGAUGUUGAUCGACGGUGACGACGCCGCCAGUCCAGUGCAUAAGAUGUUGAUUAGUCUCAAUAAGCCUAAAAUGGCAGAGCUAACCCAUCUAAUAGCGGACUACAAAAACGCGAUGCUACGUCCAGGCGGCCCGGGAACACCACAAAUGAACUCCCUCACCCGCAACGGCAGUCACCGAUCAAUAAGAAAACCAACAUCAACACUCCCACACUCCAGCCCCUCGACACUACCCCACACCCACCAACUCAGCCAGUCCCACCACACUCACCACACCACUGGACACAACACUCUGAACUCACACGCUACAACUAUGACCUUGGGUUCAGAACGAAACGCGACCCUUACACUUAGUUCUCACACUUCCACCUUCAACCAACAUGUGGAAGCCAGGGUUUUGUCCCACGGACAGCCGGAUAUAUUGAAGUCGACGCCUGAUCAUCACAGGAGUGAGAAGAAAAGAAGUCACACUCAAGAUAGUGGGGUGGCGUGAGUGUGAGUGAGGUGGGGGACCAUCACUCAAAGGAUUGUUUAGUGAAAGUGACGAAGUGAGUUGAGUGACUGGGUGAGAAUUUUUUGUAGAUAUUUUUAGGGUUAUACUCUUGAACAACCCUUUUGGGUCAUUAAUUGUUUUAGAACAAUCUCAUUUUGUUGAUAGAAGAAAUAUAUUUUCAUCUGUUGAUGAUUUUGAUUGUAUUUUCCAAUGAAUUUUUGAGUCAGCUUUUAUAAGUUAAAAUUGUGAAUAUUUCAUUAUGUCAUGUCUCUAUACCAAUGUAGUGUACCUUUAACAUAUGAAUAUGGUUUUUUUCUACAUGAAAUUCUCAUCUCAGCCCAGUUCAUGGAUUAUAGAAAGACCCCGUUGACAGUGAUAGCAUUCCACCAAAAAAAAAUAGGACGAUGCUAAAUAAACGAAAUAAUAAUAUACCUCAUAUUUUGUAGCGAACGAUUCAGCCUAUUUUAAUUGGCUUUUUAAUAAUAGAUUUAUAUAAUAGUUUAUAAUUUAUUUUUCAGCGUAAUAUAUUUUUUUUACGGUUGCUACGUUUAGUGAUCUUAGCUUGAUGUGUAUACAAAGUGGUUCGUAUGAAUGUUGUAUGUUUAUACGCGGUAUGCCAAUUUUAUACAUGUAGUUGUGUGUACAGGGCGAAUAAAUGUUGCAUAGACAGAUAUUUAAAUGUAGCGAAAAUAACAACACCCUUUAUCAGUGAAUUAAAACGCGACUUAAAUUUUGAACGAUAAUAAGUUUCUACUUGUCGUUUUUGCCGAUUUCAGUGGCAGAGCCUUAAAAAAACCAACUAAAUUUACAUUAUCUGAAAGGUAACUAACAAAAUAAAUUAAUUAACUAACUUAUAAUAAAAUCAGAACUGAGUCAUCAAGCGUUCCAAAAAUUAAGUCUCGUUUUAAUAUGGUAUAAAGAUUAAUGUAAAUAGUUCUCACUGAAGCACAAAACGUAACUAUAUAUAAUUGUAUUAGUUUCUAUUCUUGCAUAUUCAGUUUCUAUCCCACUGACCCCGUACAACAAGACAAAUCUAUUUUUACCCGUAAAAAAAUCGGAACUAAAGUUAGCCGAACAAAUAUGUCUGCUCUUGAAGGAGUGACGGCGCUACUAGCGCCACUAAGGCAUAAAUAUGUUUGUUAAUACUGAUUAAAAUAAAGACCAUUUAUCAUUAAAGUAUAUUGUAUUACAAAAAUAAUAAUUGUCUCCUUAUGUAUGUGUCUAUAGACUGAGUUGCGAGGUUAUAAGUAACAUAACUAAGUAAGCGAGAUGGCGCUAUGCACUGUAUAGCUAUCUCGCUCCCACAACACCUCUUGCUGAAUCUCAUUGCAAAACAGCUUUAAUUUUAUAGUAUCUCAUUUUGUUUUUUUUUUUUUUGUAAAAAAUAUUUUAACAG